AACGAUGUCGAGGGCACAAGCCGAGAGCGUAAUCAAGAGCAUAAUACGAGAAAUCGCCCAGGAGUGCGCCGGACGAGGUCACACGGUGUCAGAGACUUUGGUCGCAUUUAUGGUCAAAGCUGUAGUUCUCCAUCCCAAUCAUCAGUUCAACGUCGACCGGUCUCUUACGAAAGAUGACGUACACAAGCUUGUUGAGGUGUGUGUGGAGAAGUUGGUCGAUACGGCGUCGCCGUCACUGGAUACGGCUAAAAUGCAAGUGUAUUUCGAUAUGAACUAUACAACAAGAAAUGAAUUUCUUGAGGAGCACAGAAGAGUUCUAGAGUCUCGUCUUCAGCCUACAGUACGUAGUAUAACCGACAGUCGGGCACGAACACGAGAAGAAUUUGAAGGACUGUAUCGACAGAUUGUUUCGUUUGUGUUACUGCGAUCAGGACUCGGACGUCCUGCAGACAUCCCUGUCUCUAGAGAAGCAACCGCUGCUCUACAGAGCGUCUUCCCUCAGACCGAACUUGGUAAUUUUAUGCAGUUGACAAAACAGGACAAAGAGCGUCAACUAAAAGAGCUCACCCACAUUGUCACCGGAAUUCGCUUGUUUAACAGAGAAGGAGGCAAAGGCGGGCAGGGAAUAGACGAUCUACGUGCCAUUCUGGGUGAAGCAAUACCGACCACUAUGCACAGUAUAGACACCGAAUUGCACAAGACGCAGAAUCUUGUUUGGAAAUACACCGCAAUCAUUGAACGUGCAAGUCAGGAUGAAUAUCGAGAUGAAGUACUGAUACUCGAGCUCAUCAAGCAGGCUGCAAUUAACUGCCGACAACACGAGGUCUUUCUCCAGAUUCUUUGGCAAGAGGCGGAAGUGUGUUCGAGUAAGGUAAAUCAACUGGCCGACAAGUUUGAUGAAGACAUGUCAAAACUCAAAAACACCGUACAGUCGAAAACGGCAGUUUCUACUUCCCUUGUCUAUCCGCUGUUUGUCUGUUUGUCGACGACAUGGAUGGGUUUCCAAGAGGAGAUGGUUUUGCUGAGUGUCCUCAGUAACAUCCUUACAAAUCUUGGACCGUUCGCAAGGGCACAUUGUGAAAAACUUGGAGAGAGCCAGCUGCAGCCAUUACUCGAGGAUGUUAUUCCACUGAGUGACGAGACUCGAAUUGAAAAGCUAAAGAAUCAAAGAGUUGAUCACACUCAGUAUCCACGCUUGGAGUGGAUAUUUCCUGAAAAUACCAAGGAACACGACAGACUACCUAUUGAGCACAGAGGAUUUUGUUCGUAUUCUCUUGCAGCACACGAUCGAUUGCUACUUCCUAGCAGCAAGGAAUUUGGAGUGCUACACUAUAAAGGAAAAUUCUAUUGCUUCUCUUCUCCUCAGGCAGCAGAAAUGUUUGCCGCUAACCCUGACAGGUACAUAUAUGAAACAAUUGAGGUGGCAAAGAAGUCACCUGAACUGAUACAGCUUCUCGAACUGCACAGCCAAUUUGCUGCAAUGUCGUCACACGGCCAUGGGAUGCCACCCGGUAAAAUGAUAGAGAAACCCAUCACAACAAAUGAUGUGGGUGUGCAGACCGAAGUGCAUCCCAUCGAAACAAACAUAGUAAAGUCCUACGAAUGGAACGAAUGGGAGUUACGACGCAAAGCGAUCAAACUAGCAAAUUUGAGACGAAAAGUAACCCACUCCGUACAGACAGACCUCAGUCAUUACAGACGGGACAAUGACACUCAAGUCUACUUGCCAAAGAAAGUUGAGACACAGACCAAGCGAGUGAAGCAUACAAAUGUUCCACAGCCCUCAAGGUACAUCGUCGGCCUACGAGGUGACGGUCAGAAGAGGGACUUUACGACAGUUGAUCUCACACUCGAUGUACAUACACAUAAUAUUGCCGAAGACUACGAACCAAAAAAACACUAGAAACCGUUGGCAAUUAGUUCUUGACAUCACAGUGUCGAUGCAGAACCAGACUUCCAUACGAUUUGUCAUUACACUCUGACGGUUGUGUUUUAACUAACAUCGUAUUGCUGAACCGAUAGCAAG